CACUACGCGCAGCCGGCCGUUCCCGCGCACCAUACAAUGGCAUACACGUGCCUGAAUGCGAAUGCGAAGCUGCGAAGCUUGUAUUGUGGUUUUCGAUACACUAACAUGAGGGCAUAGCGGCAAAACAAGGUGCAAACAUGGCGAUCGGCCGGGCGCUACUUGCCCUGAACUCUCAGGGCGCAGGUCCGAGCCUGUCACAACGAUCACUUUACGCCACCAGACUCCACCAACAAAUUUUAGGGGGGAUUCAAGUCCAGGCUUGAAGCUUGUAAUACCGAUUCAUGCGUUGUACCUGACAGCCAGUAGCUCGCGAUCUGCACAGCGCGAUGCUUGAACGACUCAGGAAGGCUGUUUCCGGUCGUUAUGCUACUAUGCCUUGGUCUGGCUCCAGCGUCCAAGUCAUGGAGUGGAGUCAUUGUCAGGGUCGUGUAUGUAUAUAACGCGUUGUCGCUUUGGCGAAAGAUUUGUUGUUGAGUAUCGUGUCAUACCACCACCAUGAAGCUCUCCACCUUUGCCCUCGCCGCUCUCGCCACACACUUCGUUCAGGCUGCCCCAACUGACAUCCGGGAACUCUCCAACAGGCAGACAAAACCUAAGGAGCUCAUUCAGCCUGAGUUCUACCCGGUUUUGCAACGGUACACUAGAUAUGCUGUAGCAUCCCUCGCCACUUUCGUCUACGGGUUCGGAACAUGCAAAAGCCCUCCCUUCGGAUCAAAGUUAGUUCGAAAAGUUGUCUCCGACACCGUGAAUGACACCCAAGUCGCCGUCUUCCAGGAUGAUGUUGCCAAGGAAUUCAUCGUCUCUUUCUCUGGCUCAUCUUCACUCCAGGACUUUGGAACAGACUUCAACUUCUUCUUCAUGCCUUUCGAUUCAGCACCAGGCUGCACCGGCUGCCAAGUCCAUGGAGGUGUUCUGAAAGGCUGGCGAUCCGUCCAGGCUGGUGUCAUCCAGGCUCUCGCCGAACUACGUGCUGAGCAGCCGUCCUACUCCACCAUCAUUACUGGCCACAGUUUAGGAGGCGGCCUGGCAAGCAUCGCCUACACCGACCUCAAAGCCAACGGCGUACCGAUCAAAAUCGCAUACACCAUGGGCUCGCUGCGCAUAGGCAACCAACAGUACGCCGACUACACUGACAAGCUGUCUGGUGCAAGCGACACUCAACUCGGCGCUCUUAUCCGUAUCACCCAUCGCAUCGACGGCGUACCCGGUUUACCGCUCAACCCCAUGGGCUUUGUGCACACGCGCACCGAGAUUUAUGAGGAUAACACUGCGCCUAUUCUUGGCACUCAGAGCGCUGGAACGACAUACCGCUGCUUUGGUCAGGAAGCUCCCGAUUGCAACAAGGGAUCUGCUACUGGCUUUAUCAACCAGGAUCACCUGGUGUACACUGAGAUUAAUAUGACAGACGGGGCGCAAUGUAAUAAUUAAUGGGUUGGUAGUGGGGAGGCGUGAAUAACGACAUUCAUGAUGAUGUACGCUUGUAAUGUACGCUAAGACUUUUGUCUACCAA